AUGUUUCGCACCACAAACAAAAGACACACUAUCACUCUGUUAAGAACAACACGACCGUAUCGGAAUCUUCACAUGGAUAAGCGCCCCAAAUUCCGAUUUAGACGCCCCCUCGACGGCCUAGCAUACGAAUUCCACCUUGAGGGCGGGACCGCCAAAGAGAGCGUCUACGUGCGAUCAGACUCGGCAGUGAGGAUGAUUUACGACAGGGAAUUCGGAUGGUCGAUCUGGGACGAUCCCGAUGCGGAGAGUGCCUCGCGGAUGCUGUUGGGGCGCGUAUGGGAAGUCCCGGUCAAGGACCAAGGCGAUCAGCCGCCGGAGGGGGUCUGGGUCAGUCGCAAGGCCGACAAAUCCUACGUCUAUAUCCUAGAGUAUCUGGAAUAA